UUUAGGUUUCAAAAACAAAUUGGGGGGAAAAAGCUCCUCUCAAGGUUGUUUGUUGACGCGUUAUUACUAGUUACUAAACAUGGGGACAAACUACACAUCCAGCAGUAGAAAAGAGAUUAUGUCACCAUUUGCAAUGGUAUUUACAAACUAUACGACAAAUGGAAAAAAGUCUGACUUGUUAAAUGGAAGAAGCAAGAUGCAAAAUUGUGCGCAGACUGUGAUGACAUUUACGUUUGGAAAUACGAAGGAAAGGGGAAGAGAAGGAAAUGCAAUCACAGAUCGUAGCCCGGGCAAAUCGUCGGCCGGGCAAAUCGUCGCCAUUUCUCCAUUAAAGGCAAACUCUUUUUAAAACCUGGGAACUUUAAAUGCCUUCCUCUGGGAAUCUUCCUCAGCCUUCACUGAGGAGUCAAAUGAUUCCAUUUGCGGGUGACAAAAUCCAGGAUCAGCGAAAGUGAUCUGCGCCUUACUCAAACCGUGAGCUGGACGCAGCGAAGGGAUCCAGAACUCAAGUUUCCCCUGCUUCCAAGAGUGCUAAGGCGAUCCCGGUGAGCAGGAGGCUUGACAAGCUAAACGCAGGAGAACUUUCCUCGAAGGUUGAGCAGAAAGAAACUCUCGAGCUGCUGGCCCCGCCCCGCCUCGAAGCCCCGCCCAGGCCAUGAGGAUGUCAAGGACGUUUCCAUGGCGACGGCAAACACUGCCCUGACAGGGGGUCGCUGCUGUGCUGCUACCCUCGCCGCCGCCAUGAUCCCCCCCGCCGACUCUCUGCUCAAGUAUGAUACCCCGGUAUUGGUGAGCCGCAACACGGAGAAACGGAGUCCCAAAGCUCGGCUACUGAAAGUCAGCCCCCAGCAGCCUGGACCCUCAGGUCCUGUCCCACAGCCACCGAAGACCAAGCUCCCCUCAACUUCCUGUGUCCCAGAUCCUACAAAGCAGGCAGAAGAAAUCUUGAAUGCCAUUCUGCCGCCAAGGGAAUGGGUGGAGGACACACAGCUAUGGAUCCAGCAGGUGUCCAGCACCCCCAGCACCAGGAUGGACGUGGUGCACCUGCAGGAGCAGUUGGACCUGAAGCUGCAGCAGCGCCAGGCCCGGGAGACCGGCAUCUGCCCUGUGCGCAGGGAGCUGUACUCCCAGUGUUUCGAUGAGCUGAUCCGUGAGGUCACCAUCAACUGUGCAGAGCGGGGGCUGCUGCUGCUGCGGGUCCGGGACGAGAUCCGCAUGACCAUCGCUGCCUACCAGACCCUGUAUGAGAGCAGUGUGGCGUUUGGCAUGAGGAAGGCGCUGCAGGCAGAACAGGGGAAGUCAGACAUGGAGAGGAAAAUUGCAGAAUUAGAGACAGAAAAGCGAGAUUUGGAGAGGCAAGUGAAUGAGCAGAAGGCAAAAUGCGAGGCCACAGAGAAGCGGGAAAGUGAGAGGAGACAGGUGGAGGAGAAGAAGCACAACGAGGAGAUUCAAUUCCUCAAGAGGACCAAUCAGCAGCUGAAGGCCCAACUGGAAGGCAUCAUUGCACCAAAGAAGUGAUACUUUCCAUAUGGGUCUCAGCAGGCACUACAACCCCAUCAUACCUCUGUAAUAAAAAGCUAGUUUCCUGAAUGAAGAGGCCAUACCCUCCCCUGAUCACCACCUACACCUUUUUUCAGAACUCACACCACCCCCCCAGUGUCGUGAAACACAUAAGGUCUGGCAGCCAGGCUCCUGGCUGGACAGUGGAGGGCAGUGUAGCUCAGGUAGCUUCUGUACGUGGCCAGAUUUUCCAACACCAGCAGGAAGCCUUAGAAGCCACCCGUUUGGCUACAGCCCUCAGGUGGAGCAGCUGCUUUCUCAUGGCCACUCCACACCAUCACUUAUUCUCUGCUCCCAUUUCAGGUCCACAGUUCAUCUUGUCCUUCAACCCGGGCUUCUCUGGCCUCAGCCUUCCCCUUAUUUGGUGUUUCUGCACCACCCCUACUCCAGUGCAGUUCUGGUUCCUCAUCAUGGAGUUCGGGGUUUAUACCGCAUCACGCUAUCCCUGCUUCCCAAGUCCCUGGACCCCUUCCUCCUUAGUUUCCACUGCCUGGGUGAGGAGGUGAUGGCAGGAAGUCAAAACUCAUAGCUUUGGAGAAAGUAAAUGUUUGCCAGAGAGAAAUACAAAUCACGGUGUCCACUGUGAGCUGCCUGGACCUCAGCUGCUCCCCCACCACAGAUCUGUUCAUCUUACUCUGAAGAAAAACACCCCCAACCCCCCAACCCUCUGACCAGCCCAAACCUCACACACAGUUCUAAUUAUUAAUGAGCAGGCCACGGCCUGCAGACAACGGCAUUUAACUAUUCCUUGUAAUAAGUGAAACUCAAAGCUUGGGGACUCAGGACUCUUGUGGUUUCACAGACCCAGAAGACUCAAUUAGCGACAUAAAUCGAUCUGAUUCAGGACAGAGGGGCAAGCUAGCGAGUUCCGGUCAAACCUCACAGGUAGUGUACCUAAGAAGGCACCAACAACCCCUUGGCUAGAAGGCCCCAGUGCCCAGUGUCCCCCUGACACCCAUUCUGGCCAGGGCUUCAAGGCUUACUGGAAGAACUGCAGUCCGACAAGAGCUGUGUCCACUGAGUCCAACACGCCCUGUACACACCAAUCUCAAAUGUGAAGUUAGGGCUUCCACCCUGACCCAGGUGUCCUGAGGAAUUGGUUCUAAGAUUCCACGAAAAUGGAAUGCUCCGUUGUUUCCCGGGGAAAGAACUCCGCCAAGCUGGGCUAGUUCCUGACUCCUCGAACUAGCACAUGUAAUGCGCUCACGUCCUACCUGGUCCACCCGACAGGCUCGGUGAGGGACAACGCAAGUUGUGGUGGCUUUUCCUCCACGUGUGAAAGUCUGGGCUUGUGCACAACGUCCCCGACAUCUUCUCUUUACAGCUCUAUUUCAAAGGGCUUCAGUUCCAAACUGCUCGUUGCCAGUUCAAAAGAAACACCCUGCUCCACACGUCCUAGACCUCAGCCCUGUUUCUGUCAGCAACGAGACAGGGUCAUCCUCCUGAGGGACUCGGGGCUAAUUCAAGUGUCAGGAGUUCAGUGGACCCCAUCCCUGAGAGCCCUGGGGGUCAGGGCCUUACCUAUUUUCACAAGCACUGGUGACUGUUUCAAGUGUCACACCUCAGAACACAUACACCGUGGCCUUAGAAAUGCCCCCUGGGCAUGAAGAAAACACAGUCUCUAAUUGCAUAUUUUUGUAUAAUUUAAUAAACAACUUUUAAAAUGUUA